AUGAACCCAUUUGCAAGUAAUCCUCCUGCUAGGCCUCCAAGCUCCACCUAUCGCCCAGUGGCCCAACUUGUCGACUCCUCCAUGAAGGUCUUCGUUGUCAGUGUUCCUCCAAAUAGGGACAUCAUGGAGUCCAUCUUGGAGAUUGCUCAUAGGGACCAUGUUAGUAUCGCCAUUCUUAGUGCCUCUGGCACGAUUAGAAAUGUGACCCUACGCAACUCCACCCAUAGCAGUAUUCCUACACGCGGGCCCUUCACCUUACUCUCCCUCUCUGGUUCCUACAUAUAUAACAUCCUCCACACCCUUCAUCCCGGAGCCACCCCUCCCUUCCCUUUGUCUUUCGCGAUCAAUCUCUCAACCCCUCAUGGGCAAAUCUUUGGUGGUGUGAUCAGUGGCAGUGUAAUUGCCGGUGAGAAUGUUACCCUAACAGUCUCCACCUUUAACAAUAGAUGUCUUUGA